AUGGUUCAAUUUUUAUGGGAAUUACUUAUUAAACACAAAAUAUUUGAACCUAAUAUUUGUAAAUCAUUCAGUUCCAUUUGCUACAGUCAACAACAAUUGAAGCAAGUAAAUUUGUGUAAUUAUUUCAAUUUAAAUUUAAUUUUUCUUUUUUUGAAUCACCCAUCUGAACACCACCACCUUCCGGUAUGCUUAUUUGAAUCACCCAGUUUUCCCAUAAAUUUCACAAGUAAUAACUUUUUAACAAUUUUUUUUUUCUCUUUUUUUUUUUUUUCUCUUCUCUUUUUACUUACUUUCUUUUCCUUAUAUAUCAUUAUAUUAACGAAGGUAGUGGAAGGUGUAUUGAUUAUAUAUUUAUUUCAAUUAUUCUUAUUUACUUUAGUAUCUAUUUCACAAAAGAGAAGAAAAAUUCUGUGUUUAUAUUAUACUCACUAG